CUCCGUCAGCCUGUGGCCACGCCUUCUCUCUCCCACUCUCUAUUCUUACCACCUCCGCAACCCGCUCUUCAUCGACUGACGAAUUCACCACGAGCAUUCCACGAGAGUGAGCAUCCAACAUGACCCUGCUCGUUGAGCUCGCUCGUCGCGCCGCCGCGCACCCGCAUGCGGCGACGGUUGUUAAGCGCACCGCGGCUCUUCAGAAUGGACAGGGAGAGCCGAUAGAGGUUCCUAUCUGGGGCGUUGUUAUCGUCUAUCUGACGAUCCUCGCUGGCAGCAUCGCCUUCAGCCUAGUGUCUUACAUGCUCAACGAAGUCAUUACAACUCUCUGCAUGGUCGAGUCUCUCACGGCUGCCAUCACCGUCACCCCAUCGGCUCAGGAGCCCUCUGCCAAGGAGGGCGAGAAGGAGAACCUCCUUGAGGCCGGCCCUACCAUUGCCCUCGUCAACCAGAAACCCAUUACCUCUUCGAUUCGCGGCACCAUCCGUCACCUUGUCGACAAUGCUGGCCGCGGCGCGCGCUUCCGGGGAUACCGUAUCCAUAUUGUGUACUCGGUACUCAGCAGCAUCAUAGUCACCUUCUUGAAUGGAGCUCUUGCCAAGGUCCCUGGCCAAGCCAUUCUCAGCGCCGCCAUCUCUGGUGCACUCCUCGCCAGACUCCACGCCACAUGGACACACAGGGUCGUUGGCAUGCCAACUGAGAAGCCAUUCUGCAAGCGCAUUCCUGCCAGAAGCCACUGGAAGACGCUCGCUGGUCCUGCCGCCAUUGCAGCAGCCAUGCCAUACAUCAGCCUUUACCUUACUGCUGGUGUUGCCAUGCUCCUUUUCAAGUCGGCUGGACAGGACACUACCACCACCUCCACCUGUGCCCAGAGGAUGGGUGCCAUUGCUCGCGCACUUGGUGUUGUCAUCUUUGCCAUCACAUGUACUCUCUUCCUCUGCCUCCCUGCUACCGUUACUCUUGCUCGUAUUGAGGCCUCCAUUCUCCCCGAGGACGAGGACACCAUCGUGCCCUUUGACCGCACUUUUGGCGGCAAGGUCGUGAACAAGAUGAUGGGUGGAACCGGUGUCGUUGGCUUUUUGGACGCCUGGAGGUCUUUCACCUGGGAGGCUCGUCGUCGCCUCAUCAAGCUCCUUGCCAAGAACUUCUUCCUCGUCACCAGUCUCUUGCUCGUCAUUCUUCACGUUCUGGCUUUUGAGGCCUUUAUCAUCAUGGGACCUGCUAUUGGCAAGUUCAUGGCUGAGGUGAAGCAUGACCAUAUGACCAACGGUGCUUAGAUGACAAAGGUUACUUGGUUCCGACCAUGACACCGUACACAACAACGCAUGGCCCCCACGACAGGAUAGUUUGUAUUGUAUACAUAUGGUAGUUUUUUUUUGCUCUCCUUUUCGUAUCUCUUCUUCUUUUCCCUUUUGUACCGACGCUCCUUUCCUUUUUUCCCCCAACGUACAGACUAGCAAAGUGUAGAUUAAGAAGAAAAAAAA